AUGGAUGAACCUCCCAGCAAGAACUUAAGUGUUCCGUACUCUCCUAAGGCCAAGUCUGGAGCAUCCAAGAAGCCCGCUGCUGCUCCUUUCGGUAGCAAGACUACCAAAACGAAAAAGAACCCUCUUUUCGAGUCUGCUCCGAAGAACUUUGGUAUCGGCCAGGAUAUCCAGCCUCAAACUGACCUCAGCCGUUUUGUUAAAUGGCCUGAGUAUGUCCGUCUUCAGCGCCAGAAGACUAUCUUGAACCAGCGUCUGAAGGUCCCUCCUUCCAUCGCGCAGUUCUCACAUACCCUCGACAAAAACACUGCUACCCAGCUGUUCAAGUUACUCAACAAGUAUCGUCCAGAGACCAAGACGGAGAAGAAAACCCGUCUUGAAAGUACUGCUGCUGCCGCUGCUGAGGGCAAAGACAAGGAGGAGACCAAGAAACCUUUAUUCGUCAAGUACGGUCUUAACCACAUCGUUGCUCUCAUCGAAGCCAAGAAAGCCGCUCUUGUCGUUAUCGCACAUGAUGUUGACCCAAUCGAGCUUGUGGUCUUCCUACCUGCCCUUUGCCGCAAGAUGGGCGUCCCAUACGUCAUCGUCAAGGGCAAGGCCCGUCUCGGUACCGUCGUUCACAAAAAGACCGCUGCUGUUGUCGCCCUCCAGGAAGUCAAAUCAGAGGACCAGCGCGAACUCGCCACCCUUGUUUCUGCUUCCAAGGCAAACUUCACUGAUAAAUAUGAAGAGCAACGUCGUCAAUGGGGCGGGGGUCUCCGUGGUAACAAGUCCACUCAGAAGUUGCGCAAACGCGCAAAGGCUGCUGGACAAAAUGCCAAUGCUGCUAGUAUCGGCAAGCUCUGA